GCAGGCCAUUCUGCCAGCAACACUUCUUUUUGGGCUCCUAAACCGCCGGAAAACCUGUGAAACUUAUCUUCGUACUUCAGCUUCGUACACAUCGACUUUUGGAAUGCAGUCAGACAGCAUUGUUUUAGCCAGCAAAAAAGGGACCAAGUAACAGUUUAAAAAGCCAAAAUAAAUAUCAAGAAAAGUGGCCUAGAACUUUUUGAAUUCGGAACUCGGCGCAGUUUCGUUAAGUACGCGUUAUCGAUAGCUGCGGAGCACCGACGCUACUCUUCUGUCAACAUCGAUAGAAUCGACUGAACGACUGAUUGUGGUUCCAUCGCUACAGCCGACGAUUUUACGUCAAAAGCGAAAUAAGUUUAUUUAACGUGAAAAAGCGAACCACGAUGGCAGCGAAGGCAGCAUUACCCCUCCAAAUGGUUGGCCGGCGUCUCGUCCAGCUGAGGUCACCGGUCACGGCCCAAAACAUGAGCGCCCUUCGUCUAUCCCACCAGCGCCUGCACAGCACAGAAAAACAGCCUGAAGAGGCAGCGGCUGGGUCGGCGGAUCAGAAGACGGCCGCCACCCCACCAGAAGUGGAGAAGCUCACCAAGGACCUGGCAGCUGCCAAGGAACAGAACGCCGAGCUCCUCGACAAGUACAAGCGAUCCCUCGCCGACAGCGAGAACAUGCGCAACAGACUGAACAAGCAGAUCAGCGACGCCAAGAUAUUCGGCAUCCAGAGCUUCUGCAAGGACCUGCUCGAGGUGGCGGACACUCUGGGACAUGCCACGCAGGCGGUGCCCAAGGAUAAGCUCAACGGCAACGCUGAUUUGAAGAACCUGUACGAGGGCCUAACCAUGACACGCGCCGCGCUGCUGCAAGUGUUCAAGCGACACGGUUUGGAACCUCUGGAUCCCAUCAACCAGAAGUUCGACCCCAAUCAGCAUGAGGCACUGUUCCAAAAGGAGGACAAGACCGUCGAAGCCAACACCGUGGUGGAGGUCACAAAGCUGGGCUACAAACUGCAUGAGCGUUGCAUACGGCCCGCCCUGGUGGGCGUGUCCAAGUGUUGAUAGCCAAGCGGCUGCCCAGUGGUGUGCGAAAUUUCCGGUCCCCCAUUUCCUCAAAAAGCAACCUUCCAUUUACAUGGUGUCGCUCUCACUUGUUUGCAAUUUGUUUUCUGCUGCAAAAUUCUUGUACGUAAACCCCGUGUAAAUACAACCUACGCUCAAAUGCACACUUUGGACAGCGCUUGCGAAUUUAAAAUUCCUCCUAGUUUUUAAGAGAUCUGUGACUGGAUUUGAUGGCCACAAUUUGUACCACACGCGUUGUCAUCAAGUGUUCCAUAUAAGGUUUAAUUACGAUAAUAAAAACAUGUGUUAGUUUGUUGAAA